AUGUCAAAAACCGAUCUCUCCGUCGCAUGUCGCCGUCGGUUCUCCGUGCAGACCUGCGUUGCUGCGCUUUUCUACAAUCGACUUAAACUUGAGAUACAACUGCAGGUAGAUUCACUCUAUUCUUGGUGGCUUAUGAAGGAUCGAAAUCAGUUAUGUUAUAUGAAUUUCAUGCCAGAUAUGCUCAGUUUCCUUUUUAUUGAUAAAACAAGAUUAUAA